GAUCAGCUCUUUUCAAAUAAACUGCGCUAUUUUGUUAAAACCUGAUUAAUAUAUUUUAUGUGGCUUGAAGGACCUUCGGGUGGCGCGGGAGAUGAACAGAGUCUGACUUAGCUGCAGGUCCUGCUUUGUCCAUUGCAGAUCUAGUGCAACUUCUGUUCGUGGGUCUCAGCGCAUUUCGGACGAUUUUAAAGAAAAAUGCCCUCCACACGCUCCAAGACACUGGCAUCCCAGCCUCAGUCCACCAGGAUGAGCCUAAGGAGCUUCCGCAGCGUCCCCCUGGUUCCCAUGGAAACAUCCUCCUCGUCCUCUGAUGACAGCUGUGAUAGCUUCGGCUCUGAUGGAGGCUUCGCAAAUACGAAAAGCAGGUUGAGACCAACGAGAAGGAUGUCGGAGAAGCCGAAGGUGUUUGAGACAUCAUCAGAGGAGGACACGUGCACUGGAUUUGAGAGCAUGAUCAACAAGCAGAUGAAAGCCAUGAAAGUAGAUGCUGGACCACCAAAGCGUGGCCGCAGGUCUAACACCUUGAAGGUGGCCAUGCCGUUUCCUACUAAAAAGACAGGCAAGAAGAGGCCUGCAUCUGAACCACUGCCACAGAUUAAAGCCAAGGACCCAGACUCUGAGGAUGACGAGGAGAACUUCAUGCACAAGAGAGCCUUGAAUAUUAAAGAGAACAAAGAAAUGCUUGCAAAACUUAUGGCUGAGCUUAACAAGGUCCCGGGUCUCUUCCCAAGAAGAUCAGCCAUGUCUGCUUCCACCACGCCUCGUUUGGCACCUCGGCGCUCCAUGGGAACGCCAGGAGAACGCAGGAAGAACCCAGAGCGGCUGUCCAGAGUCCACACCAGAUCUCGCACCUUGGUUGAUGGACCCCCUAGCCCGACUCCAGAGGAGGAGCCUGAGGAUAAAUUCAGCCUGGUUCGCAGGAGCCGCUACUACGAGGAAGUCGAUGAACCACCUCGUCGUCGUACCUUCACUGGCUCAAAGGCUAUCCCUCAUGUUGUACGACCCGUGGAGGAGAUCACAGAGACCGAGCUGCAGAGGAUCUGCGUAAACGUUCGAGAGAAAGUCUACAACAGCUCCACUGGCUCCACUUGUCACCAGUGCCGCCAGAAAACCAUUGACACCAAAACCAACUGCCGUAAUCCAGAGUGUUUCGGUGUGAGAGGUCAGUUCUGCGGCCCCUGUCUCCGUAAUCGCUACGGAGAGGAGGUCCGAGACGCUCUGCUGGAUCCGGAGUGGCAGUGUCCGCCAUGCAGAGGGAUCUGUAACUGCAGCUUCUGUCGGGCAAGAGACGGUCGCUGUGCCACGGGAGUGUUGGUUUACCUGGCUAAAUAUCACGGCUAUGACAACGUGCAUGCCUACCUGAAGAGCUUGAAAAAGGAACUUGAAGAGGGAAGCAACUGAAAAACUGAGGAGGAAGCUGAUCCUGGACCUGGCUGACGAUGUGUUCACACAAAUUGUCUUACUGUUUCAGGCAUAACGAUGCUUUAAGUUCCUGUUGGUGAAAUUUCACAAACUUUUGCAUUAGUAUGCAUCAGGGAGGAUCUCAAAAAGCUAGCUCUCUAGUCUUUAGUUUGCAUUGCUUUUGUUCUCAUAGUUCUCAUAGAGGAGGGCAGAGCGGAUCACACUUCAAGGACAUUUUUAUGCAAAUUUUUAAACUGUUAACUUGUCAAAAAGCCCUCUGUGAAGCCAUGCUUGCAUGGAAAUGAUCUUCUAAAAAUGGAUUUUGCAUAAACAAUUGCUGUGGUAAACAAUGCAAAGCCAGAUGUCAUGUGAUUUAAAAGCUAAAAUGCAUCAAAAAUGUUGCUUUUUUGUCCAAAUCAUUGUGUGCACAUGGCUCACAUACUUCAAAAUGGUUGUAUAUAAUCUCACUGCUUGUUCAAAAAUCUGAUCUGUGAAGCAGAAUCAUCAUACCUGCUGUAAAAGUCUUUGUUUUUUUUUUUAGAUCUGUUAUAUUUUACAUUGUUUUAAAUGUAUACAUCUUGGGCUUGCUUGGAAUUGAAUUCCCCACCAAGUAAUCAUUCUUUGUGCCUUCUUUGUAUAAAGUGUAUGCUUAUGAUGGUCUUUAAAUCUCUUGUUGUAAAUAUUGGUGAAUUAUAUGUUGUCUUUUAGGUAAGAAGUGACCUGGUGAUCUGCUGCCGCUGAGGUGGAGCAGGUGGAAAGGGCACAGACUGGGGUCCACUGCUUCUCUCUUUCAAACCCUGUGUGAUAUAGUACAGCGCCUGGUUAAAUAUCCUUCAUUAGAUAACCGUCACUAAUGGUGUGGAAACAAUUAGCACACUUUAAUGGGACUCUCAUACCUGUAAAUCAUUUGAUCCUGUUAAAGCCCAUUUUCGCUCUGCUGCAGUCUCUCUGGCUCAUUUUCUGCUCGACUCUGUUAAGUAGGAAUGGUUUGAAGGUGCUGCUGAAGUGGCUAUAGAGUUAUGGCUUAGGUUUUUUCUUCUUCAAGUGUAACACUCAACACACAUGACAUGGAAUUAACCUUUAUGCUGUUAGUCUCUGAAAUGUUCUUGGUUCGACCCGCACCAGGAUGCUCUCUGAUUACAUGAUACAUUUUGAAAUAAUCAACGGUUAAGAUUUCUUCUUCAACGUAAAUGGCAGGUAGAGGUUCUCUUACCACGGCUUGUGUUUAUCAGAUACUCCACUGUACAGGGAGAGUGAUGCUGAACUCUUGAUGGAUAUUAUUCUGUUAAAGCUUGUUUGUUC